AUGAGUAAAUUCGAGCAAAGAAAACGAUAUCGAAAAAAUAGUAGUUCAAAUUCUGAAGAUGAUGCAUUGGGUUCAAAGAAAAUUCAUGUCGAUGGUUACGAUGACAAAUAUUUUGGUGAUGCUGAUGAUCGAGCAUGGUUAAAAACUUUAUCUGAACGUGAACGAGAAGCCGAAUUGUUAAAACGACAUGAACAACGUGAAAUGUUAAAACAUCGUGAAGAGAUCAGUAAAAAAUUAAAAUCGAAAAAAAUCGAUCAUGACGAUACUGAUAAUGAAACAAAGCCUAAAUCGAAUUCAUUCGAUCAGAAUAUUUAUGCUGAAGACGAAGAUGAAGAUUAUUCAUCAGCCAAUCGUCGAAAACAAGUUAAUGCAUCAAAACAACAAGAAACACAACAUAGUAAAACGCUGAAAGCUUUAAUGGAAGAACGAAAGAAGAAACUUGAUGUAAAAGUUAAAAAAUCUCUACCGAAACCCGUUGAUUUUUCAUCAAGUGAUGAUGAAGUAACAGAAAAAAAAACUAAACCGCGUAGAGAAGAAAAAUUGAAUGUAUCUGAUGUUUUUACAUCAUCGAGUUCCGAUGAUGAUUCUCAUCAUCGUCGACGAUCUCGAUCUCCGAAUGCUGAAAAAACAGAUGCCGACAAGCAAGAAACUAAACGCAAAAGAUGUACAUUCAUAACAAAAAAAUCUCAAUUGAAACCCAUAAUUCUAUCUCGUUUUCGAAUGGAAAAAUGGUGUCAUGCCCCAUUUUUUAAUCAAGUAGUAAAAGGUGCUUUUGUCCGAAUUAAUAUUGGACAAAAUAAUGGUGUAACUAUUUAUCGUGUUUGUGAAAUACUUGGUGUUGUUGAAACAAGUAAAAUCUAUAAUCUUGGUACAACACGUACAAAUAAAGGACUUCGUUUAAAAUAUGGCCGUAACGAACGAAUGUUUCGUCUUGAAUUUGUUUCAAACAGUGAAAUAUCCGAUACGGAAUUUACACAUUGGCGUGAAACAUUAAUAAAAUAUAAUGUUUCAUUACCAACGUUAGAACAAGUUGAAAAUAAGAAGAAAAAAAUCGACCAAUACAAAGAUUAUGCCUAUAGUAAUAAUGAAAUAUCAAAAAUUGUUGAAGAAAAACAACGUUUCCGAAAAACACCUAUUAAUUAUGCAAUGACAAAACAAGAAUUAUUCAAAGAUAUCGAAAUAGCGAAAGAUGAAAAUAAUAUCAAAAAAGAAAAGGAAUUAAGAAAAAAAUUGGAUGAAAUGGAAGAACGUGCUUCAGAAAUCGAUCGAAUACGAACGGCUAAUAAUUCGAUCUUAGAAGUUAUCAAUCGGCGAAAUCGAAAACGUACACAGCACAACGUAGAAAAUGCUUUAGUUCGUGAAGCUCAAGAACAUCGAAAUGUAACAGCUGAUCCAUUUACACGCCGUCGAUGUGCACCCACACUUGUCUCAAAAGCUACAGUGACAAAAGAAGAAAUAAUUCGACAAUUACAUUUGCAACGUGUAGCUGAUGAAGAAAAUGCGAUGAAAAAAAAACUUGAAGAACGACGCUUAUUAGACGAGAAAAACAAAGUUAAACAGACCAUGAUUACAACAAGUGAUAUAUCCAGCAGUAAACAAAUUAACGAAGAAAAAAUUCUUCCAGCCAUAACGACUCGUGAACGCGGCUCAUUUACAUCAAUUUCUGAAAGACAUGAUGAACUAUUUGCAUCACACGAUUUUGAACUUGAUGUUCCGAUAAAAAUUCUGCCCGAUUUUAUUUAA